AUGAAUUACUUAUCUUUUAUAGAUAUUUUUGGAGUAGAGUUUAGAUAAUAAAUCCAUCUUAAUGUUAAAAGUCAAAAGUCAGUAUUUGGAGGAAUUACAUCCCUUUUGAUUUUAGCAACAAGUUUGGGGUAUUUGAUUUACAUUUUGAAUGAGUGGAUUUAAUUUCGUUUGCUUCCAAAGUCAACUAGCACAAUGAAAGCUAAUUUAACUUCUGAAUUAUAAUAUGACGAAGAUGCUAUCCUGUUUGAAUUUUUUUAUUGGAAGUACUCAGAGUAAUAAUCUGAUCCUUUUAACUAAUAAAAUAACAUUUUAACACCUUUAGGUAUUUAUUUUGAAGAUGGUUAACCCACAACAAUAUUUUCUUUUCUAUCUUAGGUAGAAUCACUUUCUUAUUAUGGAACUAAAAAAUUUGGAUUAAAUCAGUUUAAAUUGUCUUAAAAUAGUAAUGGCACAUCUAAAGAAAAUGUGAGAGAAAUGAUGCUUGUAUUUGUUAGAUGCAAUUAAACUUACCUAUCUGAAAAUUAGACCUGUGCAAGUUAAUAGGAAAUUGAUCAUUUCUUUGAUUCUGCUGUAAAUUAUAUGGCAUUUUAGAUUAAUUUAAAAUAGUUUAAUUCUUAAACCGAAGUAUUUGAAUUCGUUAAAAAGACAUACUAUUUUUCAUUAGAUAAAGCAAUUUCAACUUAAAGUUAAAUAUUGCUAAAGUAAACUUAAGCUUUUAUUGACAGUGGCAUAAUAUUAAAUUCUAUCCAAGAAGAAACUUUUGUACAAGAUGCUUAUAUUUUGACAACAUCAGCUUCUAUAAAUUUUUGGAAAAAAAUAAUAGGUAUGGACACAUAUUUUAAUAUGAUUUUUCGUCUUGAUCCUGUUUCUGAAGAACUAAAUAUUGUUUAUCCUAAACUUGGAGAAGUAUUAGCCUAAGUUGGUUCAAUCGUAAAUAUGCUUAUGAUUUUGAAGUAUAUAAUAUUAUACUACAAUGAAAAAUUAUUAGAACAUACUUUUAUAGAUUAAGUAUUAAGCUUUUAUUUCACUGAUUAUAAAUAAAUCAAAAAAUCUAAGGUAAAUUAUGAUAAAAAAGCAUGUUCUAUUUUGGUAGAAUAAGCUUAAAAAAGACUUGUUUAUAUUAAUAUCAUUUAUGAACUUUCAAGAAUAUAAUUAUUCCUAUAGAAUCAUUUUGGCCGUAAAAAGUUAUAAGAAAGUCAUUCUAUGGGUAUUCUAUUAAAGCCACCUAAUAAGAACUUAAAUUAAGAUUUAGAAUAAGCAUUGGCAUAAUGUUAAGAGGAAAAUUUAGAAGAUGAAAAUUAGAAAUUUCAUAUACAAGACUUUUUCUUAUUGAGUUAACCUAAACAAUUGUUAAAUUAAAUAGAAGAUUAAUCUGUCCGUAAACAUGAUCCAAUAAUUACACCAAAUCUGAAUCAUUCAUUAUAAUGA